UCCAAUCACAGCUGAUCACAUGUAAACAGGGAAAUGCCGACAUGUACACUGAUCAUCAGAGCACUGAUGAUCAGUGUGCCCUGAUGAUCAGUGUAGCCCCAGCAGCGCCACCUGUCAGUGUCCAUCAGUGCCAGCUCUCAGUGCUCAUCCAUGCCACCUGCCAGUGCCACAUCAAUGCCACAUAUCAGUGCCCAUCUGAGCUGCCUUUCAGUGUCACCCAUCAGUGCCAGUCAGUGCCACCUAUCAGUAGUGCCAGUCAGUGCCACCUAUCAGUAGUGCCAGUCAGUGCAGCCCAUCAGUGUGCAUCAGUGCCACCUAUCAGCCAGUGCCCAUCAGUG